AUGUUGACGCACAACCUCGUCAACGAUGGCAGCUGGGAACUUCGCAUAUUUGUUACGGACCUCAAAGUGGAGAAACGCCUUCGAGUGAAGGGAGACAUGCACAUCGGUGGUGUCAUUCUCAAACUUGUUGAAGAACUCGAUGUCACCGCCGACUGGUCCGACCAUGCACUCUGGUGGCCCCUGCGCAAGUCCUGGCUGAAGCGCACCCGUACGACGCUCGACCAGGCGGGCAUUCAGGCGGACACGCUGCUGAACUUUACGCCGAUGCACAAGAUUCUGCGCGUGCAGCUUCCUGAUCUGCGGUACUGCGACGCACGUGUCGACUUUAGCGUCAACAGCUUCAACGCCGUCGUCCAGCUGUGCUCCGAUCUGGGCAUUCGAAACCCCGAGGAGCUCAGUCUAUCGCGGCCUCUGAUCAUUGCCCACCUCAAACAGAACUUUAGCAACCUCGAUCUGAGCCCUCUGCAGCGGCAGCUCGACCAGAUUGGGCCCAUUGCUCAGGCGGAUCCGGCACACCCCAACACCAACACUCUCACCAGACGUCCACAACCAGAACCGUACGUCGCCUUUGAGUCCGUCUCUUCAAAUGGAGUGGCCCCCGUUCAGAGCAGUGGGAGCGCCGGCAGCCAGCCGAACCAGAAUUACCUGUAUCCAGUGGAGGCAAUUGCGCCCACACUGUCCUCCUCACCGGUGACACCAAAUCCCGAGGCGAAGGCGACGCUGCUCCGUCCCAAGUCGCUCAAUGAGAAAGCUCGACUGAAUGCUGGCUGGGUAGACUCGUCGUUGUCGCUGUACGAGCAGGACGUGCGCGAGUACGAUCUGCUGCUGCUGCGCUUCAAGUACUACAACUUCUACGACCUCAAUCCCAAGCUGGACGCGGUUCGCAUUAAUCAGCUCUUUGAGCAGGCCAAGUGGUCGCUGAUUACCGAGGAGGUGGAGUGCACCGAAGAGGAGAUGUUCCUCUUUGCCGGACUGCAGCUGCAAAUCAACAUCCUCGCGGUGAACCCCGACCCGAAUGACCAGUACAAUGAGAUCAACGACGACAUUGACUCGGCACUAGAUGAGCUGCAGUCCACACUGGAGGGCGGCACGCCGGUGUACAACUACGCCACAUCGGCCAAUGGCACCACAAACUACGGCUACACUGACAUACCCGAACUGGCCGGAUAUCUUCGCUUUGCCAAGCACAAGCUUUUCACGCUGAAAAACUUCAAACGGUACUACUUUGUACUGAAGGACACCAACCUAAAGGUGUACAAGUCGGCAGAGGAUCGCAAUAAGAGUCCUCCCGCCUUUACCGUCAACCUCAAGGGCUGCGACAUAACGCCUGAUUUGAACGUCACACAGAACAAGUAUGGCUUCAAAAUUCAUAGCUACGAUGAGGGCGUCUCCGAGUACUGGCUGCGAUGUGAGUCAGAGCGACAGUACGCAGAAUGGAUCACUGCGGCCCGUCUGGCCACCAAAGGUCGCACCAUGGCCGACGCUUCUUACCGCAGUGAAGUGCAGACCACGCGCGAUUUUCUCAAGAAGCAGCAGUACACGGGCUCCAGUGUGGCACCAACGUCUUCCAGCAAAAUCGCCAUCAACCCGGAAGACUACAUUGCACUGCGCUUCAUGAAGCGAGGACACCAACAGGUCGUCAAUCGCAUCCACGAUUCGCACGGCAACUUUCGAUCGAUGCCAUCACUGCAAGCAAAGCUGAGUUACAUCAGAGCCUGGCAAGCGCUACCCAAGUACGGACUGUCCUUCUUCGCCGUGCGCUUCCUCCAUACCAAACGCGAGGAAAUUCUUGGCAUUGCACCAAAUCGGUUAAUACGAAUCGACAUGAGCACUGGUGACGCUAUUCGCACUUGGCCAUUUGCACGUAUGAAGUCGUGGAACGUCAACUGGGAAGUAAAGAAGCUCUGCGUGGAAUUUGACGAUGAGAAACUCGAGUUUGAGUGCCUUAGUGCCAACUGCAAGGUGCCGCAUGAGUUUAUUGGCGGAUACAUUUUUCUGUCGAUGCGUUCAAAGGAGCACAACCAGUCGCUGAAUGAGAACCUCUUUCACAAACUGACCAGUGGGUGGAUUUAA